AUGGCAAAGGACUCGGAGAAGAGCCCUAUGAGCCUCCAUACUGGGGAUGUGUUACUGAUGGACCGCAACUGCUGGGAGAUGCGGCAUCCUCUAGGCAUUGCGAUUUGCCUUCUUUCGAAAACCGAGAGCAGAUAUGACCACGUCGCAAUGGUUGUAAAGUUGAAUGACGGGGAAGUGGAACGAGGGAGGGAGAGGGGUAUUAUCAACCCAAAGGACCCCUCUUCGCCUUCUGGGACGUAUGUCGCUGAGGCAAAUCUCAGUGGUUUUUCCCUCCGUCCCCUGGAGAACCGUGUCGCAAGGUCGUCGUCCAAGCAUAUAGCCGUGCGCCCACUAAGCAUGGGGAGUGACAUGCAUAAAUUUGAAGAGUACGUGCAGAGCCAUCUGCGGGAUUUUCACAGUCGACCCUACAAAAGGGACCUUCUGAUGUUUCCUCCCAUGGUGUUAAGUCCACCGGACAAAAUGGACCGCAUCAAAGCAGCUCAUAAGUUGAACCUUCUCAAAGGGGAGACAAGCGACAUUGAUAAACUGUUAGCCGGUAAGCUUUCCGAGAGCGAUAAAGAGGCACUAUUAAGAAUAAAAGUGGUCUACCACGAUGCUGCACAGUUCUUGAUAGAAACGUACUUCGCUCACCUGGACCGAGUCGAUGGUGAGAGUUUUCCCUCAGUGGAUUAUGGUGGCAGUCACUUUACCGUGGAUGGUGUCAACGCCGAGGAGGAGGUGGUUUGCACGGAGCUGAUCAUCCAAUUGUGGCAAAGAUGUGGGGUAGUGGACCUGUUCCCUCCCGCGUCAUCAUUUCGCUCCUUCGACUUCCUGGACAACACUCGGUUUAACUUCAAAGACGCUCGUACAGCGUUCGGUGAUGUUUUCACCUUAAAAGGCAAUGAUGCACCCGAGACUCCAAUUAAGAGGGCAACCCGAAAAAAAACACCAACAGUGGAAGGGUGUUUUGAUGUGUACCGCAGCACGAGCGCCAAUGGUGACCCCCAUAACCCUGAUGUGGAUUCCAUGUACAUGUGGCUAAUUCAAUCCAAUACGAACAAAGUGGUCAACAGUGACCUCGGGCUUAACAUCGCAUCCGUAGGGGCUCUGUUUGCCUUAUGCGGACUCGUGAUUGCACCACUGCGAUUGAGGUGGAUAGAGUACCAGCUAGGUGUGGUUCUGCGUCGCGGGUCGGUAUGGUCUUUAUCAGCGGGUUUCUUUGCACGGGACAUGCUUUGCGUCUUGACACAGGUAAUAACAACUUCUAUUGCACUGAAGAGCCUACUGUAUCGACAGUCGGAUACGGGGCCACUUGGGCCACCACUUGUUCACACCCACUUGUUCGACACUCGGCAUCCCUACUAUUAUGUCUGUAUUGUGUGGCUGUUAGCAAAUGCUGUGGCCCACAUCACCACAACCCCCUUACUGAACUCCGUAGUUGCUCACCACUUUGGUCCUGUACUUCCGGGGCCGUUGUCCCUUCGUAAGUUGAUGAGGGGCAGUUUUGCCCUGCUACCGCUGGGGGCUUUAUUGCCCUUUCAGGCGGCGUGGAUAACGUGGUACGAAACGAUGGGUGCUGCCAUUAUUCCUACCUCCUCAUCUGUGCUCCGCCGCCGAGCUGAUCUGCUCGACACGGACGAGUGGCGGCACUUCAGGUUUGAGGCGCUGACAGGUGCCUUCGCCGCUACUACGGCUCUCGAUUUUAUCGCUUACAUUUUCCAGAGAAGGUGCUGGAGGUCCUUCCUCGUGCAACUCUACAGGCCUGCUGCCACACCCAGCUGCGGGAGGCGGCGUUGUGCCGGCUACGGCUAUCGCUUUCUGGGAAACACAAUAACCAUGUUAACCACAUCCUUAUCCUUGUCUUUCUUGGGUGUGUUGUGA